AAAUAAACACAGAGCCAGGUCAGAGCGCAGCUAGGUUAUAUAAAACUAAGGCUACACAACGGGAGUAUGAGGGGACAAUGCAAAGAGGAAUACAGACAAUCAAACAGUUAUCUAAACAAAAGGGAAUAGGACAAAGUGGAAACUGAAGAAACUGAAUACACUUAAAACAGGACACAGACCAACAUCGGGACACACCUGGGGAUAGAGAGGGAUCAAACAAGACAUAGGUAGCAGAAAGCAAAAAAUCAUAAUAAUGAACAGAAGAUUAAAUAACAGAAAAAACAAGAGAUCAAAAAAAUCAUCAAAAAAUACAAAACUAGAGGAAACCUUAACUUUCCAAAACUCACAACGCUGGGUCAAAGACCCAGGACCAUGACACUAAGUUUAACAGCGUUUCUUCAGUUUCUUUUUUUAUUUUCACAUGGUAAAACUAUAUAUUAUACAUUGUAUAUACAUAUAUAUACAUAUACAUAUAUAUACAUAUACAUGCAUAUAUAUUUAUGGAUGCUGUAAUCCCACCUCUCCAUCCCCUUCUCAAAAUGAAUUUCUAGAAACUUGCUUAGUCUACUCUUAAUCCAAAUGCCCAUCAAAACAUGACACCCCUGGCUUGAAAUUAAUCAACCUCAGCUGCGUUUUUGGCACUUAAACUUGCAAUAAAAGUUCAUUUACAUCCUCAGCUGAUACUUAAUUAUUUUGAAACUCAACUUUUAAUUGCCCAACAUGAACUACAAGAAAAUUACACUGAUCCUCUAAUUAACAUCUUGUAAUAAUAAAGCCUCGAGAGUGGUGAACGGGAAUGAACUGAUGGACUAUUUUGUCAACUUGUUAUUCUGCUGGUGUUCCGUCUUGCUGGCGUUUAGUAUGCAUCACAUGUCUUUAUUGGUGUCUGAGAGGAGCUCAAACCCCGCAUUUUUGCGCUGUGUUGUCUCUAACAUGCUUACAUGCUGUUUGGGACCCGGAUAAUAGCUCAUUAUGCCUCUUCCUUGAACCGGCUAAGCCCUCAGCGUAGAGUCUGACUCACCUGUCACACAGUGUGCAACAGUCAAACAAGUUACAGUGCUUUCACCUUCAGCGUCAUGAAUACACUCCUACCUCUCCAGCCGAAGCAUUAACCCACAGGAGAAGAGCGACUCUCGCAGCGGCGAGAGCUGCGACUCUACAGCCGAUGAACAGGAGGUUUGAAGGGGAUCGUCAGAGCUUGGUGGCCGCAGACAUUAGCUUUGAAAAUGAACAUAACAAACGUGACCAUUCACUGGAAAUAAGCUGGAAUAAAACGAAGAACGAUAAGAAGAAACGCAGGAAUGACAUAAGUGACAUGUUGAGUAACUGUCACAAAACACAGGAGUCCCUGCUGAGUUCAGCCAGUGGUUAUAAAAACUACAGAGGAGUCCUCAACUGGUGUGUGGUAAUGCUGGUACUGAGCAAUGCUCGCCUCUUCUUAGAAAACCUCUUACGGUACGGUGUUUUGGUCGAUCCUAUUCAGGUGGUUUCCUUGUUUCUGAAUGAUCCCUACAGCUGGCCAGCAGCUUGCCUAGUGAUUGUGUCCAAUGUGUUCAUUCUGGUGGCUCUCUAUACCGAAAGGCAGCUGUCGAAGGGUUCACUCAGUGAACUUGUGGGACUUCUGGUCCAUUGCAUUAACAUGGCCGUUCUGCUAACGUUCCCUGCAGCAGUGGUCCUAUUGGUUCCCUCCGUGACCUCAGUUGGUGGUUUAUUCGUACUUGGUACUUACACCAUUGUCUUACUUAAACUGUACUCCUAUAAGGAUGUCAACUUUUGGUGCAGAGAGCUGAGCACUAUGAAGGCAAAGAAACUGUCCAGGUCACUGUCUUGCCCAUCAGAACAGCGUUUUUAUGAAGGUGAACGCAAAGUGUGUUAUCCUGGCAACCUCACCCUCCGAGACAUGUACUACUUCAUCUUUGCGCCGACUCUGUGCUAUGAGCUCAACUUCCCCCGCUCUCCAAAAAUUCGCAUGAGCUUCCUGCUAAGGAGACUUUUUGAGAUGCUUUUUUUCACCCAGCUGUUAGUUGGACUCACUCAGCAGUGGAUGAUUCCCAUCAUUCAGAGCUCAAUGAAACCACUAGAGGACAUGGAUCUGUCCAGGAUGACUGAGAGACUCCUGCGAUUGGCUGUUCCUAAUCACUUGCUUUGGCUGAUGUUUUUCUAUUGGUUCUUCCACUCAUCUUUGAACUUCACAGCUGAGCUGCUGCGCUUUGGUGACAGACAGUUUUACAAAGACUGGUGGAAUUCGGAGUCGGUGACAUAUUUCUGGCAGAACUGGAACAUCCCGGUGCACAAGUGGUGUCUACGCCACUUUUACAAGCCGCUUCUGAGGAGAGGAUUCAGCAAAAUGUUCAGCCAAUCAGCUGUCUUCUUCUUGUCAGCUUUUUUCCAUGAGUACUUAGUGAGUGUUCCCCUCAGGAUGUUCAGAUUAUGGGCUUUUAUGGGCAUGAUGGCACAGCUUCCAUUAGCCUGGUUCGUUGGCCGUUUCCUGCGUGGUAACUACGGCAACGCUGCAGUUUGGAUUUCCAUCAUUAUCGGUCAGCCGUUUGCUGUCCUGAUGUACGUCCACGACUACUACGUCAUUCACUACAGACAGGAGGGAGAAUAAUACACAUGUAUAUUCACACAACUUGCAACACAUCUUUCUUACUUAAGUAUAAAUACCACUAGACUAAAGUGCAGGUAACACAUAUUGUCCUCUACUCCUACGUGUCAGGAUGAGUGGAUCACAUGGACUGUGUUGUGGUUGUAGCGUGUUUACAUUAGACACAUUGACUUUUGUGUCGUCCUGCUGGAAAAGCUGAGAAUACAGUGGAGGAAAAAAGCAGAAAUGUUUAAAUGUCCAUCUUGAAACACUACUGUAACAUAAGGAGAAAGGUGAUGUAGCAUGCUGCAUCAUACUCAGGAGAUUUUUUUAUUUCAGUGCCUUGUAAAAACCUCUGAUGGUUAGUUUGGGGAUUCGUAUUUAUGGUGAGUUUGUCAUGAUUGGUACUGUGAGAACAGCUGACACAGGGUUUUGUUUACCGUAUUUCCAUAAAGGGUUUACUUAUCUUUAGCUAUGUGAAUCACAGUGUAGACACUGUGCUUGAACACUAUGAAAUGCUAAUAUGACACCAUGAUUCAAAGGGUUGUUGUUGGUUAGGAAAGAGAUUUAUGAUCCAAUCAUUUUUCACUUUGUGACCAAAGGGGCCUUAAACUGUCUGGUUUUACUGUGAGGGGAGGAUCAUAAGAAGAGAUGAAAGUAUGCUUUUAGGAUUUUAUUAAUGUAACUUUCUCUUUCAAAUUGUAGUUAUUGGUUAUAAAGUCUGUGUGUGUAUGUUUGGGGGUUUUUUGUUUGUUUUUAUAACUGAGAAGCUGCCAUGUAUCAAUUGCAGCGCAACUUUUUUUGUACUGACCUUUUUUUUUAUUUUAUAUGACAACAAAAAUGAAUAAUGUGGUAAAAAAAAUUACAGAAUUUGCUGUAUUAAACACCAGACUAGUGCCAAGUAACAACGUCUAAUGAUAAUUCAAACUACAGUUAGUGUGUCUGAAAAUAAAGUUUUGAUUUAAGUCUUA